UGGCGCGCCCCGCACAGCCUCGGCUGCGGAGGGCGAGGGUGAGUCUGCCCCGCGGGCAGCCCCCACGUCACAGCCGGAGUGCGGGGAUAAAAGGGCCGGGAGGCGAGACGCAGCCGGACUCGUGGGGCUGCAGCGCCCCUGGUUGCUCCCCAGCAGAGGCGGGGGGCUGGCGAGGGGCACGUUGCAAAACCCGCCUGUUCACCUCCCGGCCAGGCAGCCUCUCCGGCCGCCCCGCGUAGCCCCCAAGCCCCUCAGCUGAGCGGCUCCCAAACUUCGCCUGCCCACGUGUUGCUAGCGGAGUCCCGGGGAGCCGAGGGGCGCCGCUUCCCUGACUCGCUGCCGCAGGAUGGCUGGAGGGGCCGCUCCGCUGCUUGCUCGGCGCUGAAGAUCAAAGGAGAUGCUGGGAGCUGCUGCCAGUUCGCAGCGCCUGGGCAGGGGAGCGGCCGGCGGGUGGUGACUCCGCAACCGGACCGGACCCUACCGCGGCGGCCCCCCGCGCUCAGCCUGGCACCUCCGCUCCCGGCGGCGCCUGCCCCGGCCCCGCCAGCCGGCUGAUUUGCUCGCUCUGAGAGAAGCUGCCCACCCUCGCCGCCCAGGAUGCAGUUUCGCCUCUUCUCCUUUGCCUUGCUCGUCCUGAACUGUAUGGAUUACAGCCACUGCCAAGCCGGCCGCUGGAGACGCAGCAAGAGAGCUAGCUAUGGACCAAAUCCAAUUUGCAAAGGUUGUUUGUCUUGCUCAAAGGAUAAUGGGUGCAUCAGAUGCCAGCAUAAAUUGUUUUUCUUUCUUCGACGAGAAGGAAUGAGGCAAUAUGGAGAAUGCUUGCAUUCCUGCCCAUCAGGGUACUAUGGACUCCGAGCACCAGAUAUGAACAGAUGUUCAAGAUGCAGAAUAGAAAACUGCGACUCUUGCUUUAGCAGAGACUUUUGCACCAAAUGCAAAGCUGGCUUUUACUUACACAGAGGCCGUUGUUUUGGAGAAUGCCCGGAUGGAUUUGCAUCCUUAGAGGAAACUAUGGAAUGCGUGGAAGGCUGUGAAGUGGGUCCCUGGAGUGAAUGGGGAACUUGCAGCAGAAAUAACAAAACCUGUGGAUUUAAAUGGGGUUUGGAAACAAGAACAAGGCAAAUUGUGAAAAAGCCGGCAAAGGACACAAUACCUUGCCCAACCAUUGCAGAGUCCAGAAGAUGUAAAAUGGCUGUGAGGCACUGUCCAGGAGGAAGGAGGACAGCAAAAACAAAGGACAAGAGAAAGAAGAAAAAGAAUUUAAUGGAAAGGGCUCAGAAGCAGCACCACAUCUUCCUAGCUACAGACAGAGCUAGCCAGUAAAGACUUUUUUGUUUGUUAUAUAUAUAUAUAUUUUUUUUUUUGCAAAGUGCACAAAAGCUGCUAUAUGCUCCUGCAUAUGGAUGCACUGCAAUUCAGCUGCUUUGACAGUAUUGGCUGCAAAUAACUUGUGAAAAAUGUCCACAGGUUUGUUUGUGUUAUUUAUACUUUUUAUUUUUUGACCCUGAAGACUCCAAGGGCCGGAGCGCACUGAGUUGAAUCAGUGGAAGUGGUGCCGAAGUGUGUCAAAGACUUUGCAUUCAGUGCCUGGGAAAUGGAAAUGGCCAAUGUGUUGACAUAAAAGUGCAACAGGAAAGAAGGCCGCAAAUCACCAUUAAAUAAUGGACUUGUGCAUAUUUAUAUAAAAGAGGAGGUCUGGGUGGUGUAGGUACUCUUGCAUUUAUGGCCUUUGUUUCUCAUAUUUGUACAUUUCAAGAGUAAAUGUAUAUGAAUAUCUGCUUAGUGUUAAUGUGCAUUAUUCUCUGCACCAUUCUCUGCACCCACUGUAUUGAAACAGUUGUAUAAUAAAACUGCUUUAAGAAGAUAUACCACAGGAGUUACUGCUUAGUGUUCUAGGAGCACAAUAGUCCUCAUGUGUACAUAUUAUGCUGUCUGUGUAUAAAUAAACUUAUUUACUGUA